AAGAACAUCCCACUUACUCGCGCGACAUCAACAACAAUGGCAAACCGAUGCCUGUUUUGGUAGGAGAAUUGUGAUUGGAUCCACACGGUCCAAACUCCCCGCAAAUUACGCCUUAUUCUUUCUCAAAUUGACGAGUUUGGUUUUUAAAACCACCGUGCUCGUCCGCGGUUAUAUUUUUCUUUUCUUUUUUUUUUUCUCCCGAAGAUGUGCGAGGCGCUGUUGGCAAACCCACACAGUCUAUGCAUGUGUGUCCGUGCUGCUUUUCUGCUGGGCUACAGCUACUAACCUAGCUGCUUUCACUCCGCGGUUAGCUAACGUUAGCCUGGCCGCGUUUGCUGACGGGAGAUUAAAAAAAACGGGCGAAUGUAAAGCGAAUUUGCGAGAUCUGGUUUAUGACAACAGUCUUCGAGUGUUUGUUAAUCGUCGCUGUCGGGUACGGUAAAGAGGUGUUGUAUGAUUUGUCGUAGAAGAUACUUUGCUGGCUAGCUCGCAGGCUAGCUAUUUGUGUGUAUUCUUCGACUGAGGAAAACGGCGAGUUUUCUUUGAAAGUAUGGAUGACCAGACCAGGAUGUUGACGGGUCUCACCGGACUCGGUGGACUAUCGCAAGCCGAUGUCGGUGACCCAGACUCUGUCAGGAAACAACAGUCCCUCGGUCAACCUCAGCAAGACAUAGGGGAUAUCCUACAGCAAAUAAUGGCCAUCACCGACGAGAGCCUGGACGAAGCACAGGCCAGAUGCUGGUCAGAGGAAUCGCCGGCGCAUUGGGGUGGAUCAGACGACCCCACAGAGGGAGGGAGAGCAGGGGGGGGCAUGGCAGGGGGUGGACUGCCACUCAACUUCCAGCACAGGAAGCAUGCCCUGAACUGCCACCGAAUGAAGCCAGCUCUCUUCAGCGUUCUCUGUGAGAUCAAAGAAAAGACGGUGCUGAGUAUACGAGGUGUGCAGGAGGAGGACCCCCCAGAUCCCCAAAUCAUGCGCUUGGACAACAUGCUGUUAGCUGAGGGUGUGUCGGGACCAGAGAAGGGCGGAGGAUCAGCUGCAGCGGCCGCAGCUGCCGCAGCGGCAGGGGGCUCACCCACCGACAGCAGCAUUGAACAUUCAGACUACAGGGCCAAGCUCGCCCAGAUCCGUCAGAUAUAUCAUUCUGAGCUGGAGAAGUAUGAACAGGCCUGCAGCGAGUUCACCAACCAUGUAAUGAACCUGCUGAGAGAGCAGUCUCGCACACGGCCCAUCUCUCCCAAGGAGAUUGAACGCAUGGUGGCCAUAAUCCACCGCAAGUUCAGCUCCAUUCAGAUGCAGCUCAAACAGAGCACCUGUGAGGCCGUCAUGAUUUUGCGCUCACGCUUCCUUGACGCCAGACGCAAGAGGCGUAACUUCAACAAGCAAGCGACAGAGGUGCUGAACGAGUAUUUCUACUCCCACCUGUCUAACCCUUACCCAAGUGAAGAAGCCAAGGAGGAGCUGGCCAAAAAGUGUGGGAUCACUGUAUCUCAGGUCUCUAAUUGGUUUGGCAACAAGAGAAUACGCUAUAAGAAGAACAUUGGUAAGUUCCAGGAGGAGGCGAACCUCUACGCGGUUAAAACAGCGGUGGAUGCUGCCAACGUGUCGGCGCAAGCUAGCCAGGCUAACUCUCCAGCAACACCCAACUCAGGAGGAUACCCUGCACCGUGCUACACACCUGACGGGCGGCUAUGAGGAGUUGUCGGGUAGUGGCCUCUACACCCCUCAUCGCCUGGAUGCUAACAGCUGGCAGGACACCACCAACCCCCCCUCGGUAACCUCCCCUCCCGGUCCUCCUGGCAGCGUCCACUCCGACACCUCCAACUGAUUCGGCGGCUCCCCCCCCUCCCCCUCUGCCUCCACCUCAUUUCCCGCUGCGGUCCGCUCCGACCACCACUCCUCUGUCCCCAUUUUUUCUCACCGCCUCCCUCGUGUCUUCAACCGCGCGGCCGCACGAGGCCGCGCUCACAUUUCAUAAACACACACACUGUGCUGGAACACAGGACAGCCGGACACUAGUUUGGAGGAAGCGUCCCUCUGGCUCCUUUUCAGUGCUCAAAGCUUUGUUAACUCUUGACGAAAGGGGAAUGGAGCGCACCGAUGCCGAGAAACACAUCUUCACAUUAUCAAGGACUUUUUGAAAAACCACUGACCCAGCUGUGUAGAUGAUCAUGAUGUCUGUACAUUAUGUGUAUAUGCACGCCGACUUCACACAGUACUCACACAGCUUGCUCACGUGCUUUCGACCUCCGCACUCAACCCUUUGCUUUGGAAAACUGUGUGUGAUUGCCUGUAUCUCCCGAAGCCUUGGCGUUUGACAGCCAGACUGUUGAUACGGAUCACCAGGGAGCUCUGCUCACCUUGCUCGUACCAAAGUGCUGCCCCAGUAGUCGUCAACACGUCCGUUCCUCUGAGAUCACCCUCUGCCGACGCGACACCAGACACCGUUGUCUCCUCCCCCGUCCUUAACGGCUCGACGUCUCAUCCCGUCGGAGAUUUCACGGCGAAACAACUUGAGACGCGCACAGCGACGUCGCUGCGCGCGCGAAAAGACCUUUCCAUGACAUCCACGUCGCAAAACUUUUCAGUCAUUUUUGCUGGCAUAAAAAGAUGUGUCAAGCACAAAAGUUAGCAUCCUUGUUACGGGUGUUUCUACCUGUAUAGGGGAGUUAAGGGGAUCACUUUUCCAAACCAGGCAGGACAAGUGAUGAUAGGGCUGGUGAGAGGAAGAGGAAAGGGCAGAGAGAGGAGAAUAUCUUUGGUUCAGUGGAUGUAACUAAUAGCCCUUUUUGUUGCUAACCAAUAGAGGGUGUUGGUAGAUGGCUUGUAGAAUUUACUUAUUGCUUUCUGUCCACUAGUUUAUUUGAUUGUAGGCUAUUUUCUAAUGCUGUUUCACCAAGAAUGCACCAGCCACCACCAAAAAGUAGCUCAAUAAAGCAUCUAAAUGACGAUAAAAGAAGGGUGGAAAGAUUGUGGGGCAUCGAUGUGUUAUUGGGACAAACGUGACAUGAAUUUAGAAACGUGACUGUCUUCCAUGCAUGUAGGACUUCUAGGCGUGAUCUUGUUUUCAUUUUAACUUUCCAAGUUUUUAGCUUCAUUUUUAUUAACAAAAAAUAAAGGGUAUAAUUAUUACAGUCAGACCAAAAAGGAAAACGUGCAUCAUGUAUUGCUAUGAUGUGUGUGUGUGUGUGUCUCUGUGGGCGUGUGUACAGUGUUCUUGGGACGUCUCGGUCAAACGGCUGGUGUUCUCUGACCUUUGUGAGCAUUAUAGAUACCGGGUGCUUCCACCAGCCAAUGACACGCCGGAUGGGGUUACACUGAGACCCCUCCCCCCCCCCCCCCCCCCCCCCCCCCCCUCCCCCUCCCCUCCCCCAUCUGAAAAACGUUUAAGCUUGUGAGCCCGAGGCAACACACCGCAACCUUCUGUUGUACCAAAACCAAAAAUACCAAGUUCAGCAAUGUAAUAAUGCUACUCUGUGUCUCUCUCUAAAGUCGGUGCACGGCCACCUUUUCAGUUUGAGGAGAGGAGGGAAUUAUAUUUGUAUCUGUGUCUCUCUGUGUGGUGUCGUCAUGCCUCAACUUGAUUUUUUUUCUUUCUUUCUUUCUUUCUUUUUCGGGGGUGGCAUUUUUUUGUGGGCGGGUGGCGUGAGGACUGUCAUUUUCCACUUGUAAUUUGAUUGUGGGCAUAGAAGGCAUGCUCUCCCCUUUACACAUCCCUUUUACCUUCUGGUUAUUUCUUUUAAUUUUUUUGUGCUAAGGCCAAUUGGGCAAGGGCUUCUUUCUCUCUCCUCUGUUACCAAAAAAAGAGGCAGCACUGGGCGUAGUGAAACUCAUAUUAAAGACAAACCUGCAACAUUUUUGGGGGAAUUUUUCAUUCUUUGGGAGUAUUUUCUACAUUGUUAUGUAAACAGCAGAACAUUUGUGUCAGUCAUGACUUGGUUUCAAGAUGUUACAGAACAAACUUUGAGCUUGAACGCUGGUCACACAAUGAUAUCCCACAUUUAAUUGCUUUUGUUACUCAUUGCAGUUCAUAUGACUGUAUCUUAUAUGAAAAAAAAAAAGUUAUUGCCACACCAAAUUAUCAUGCCCCCUUCCUUUUCUAC